UAGUACUUCCCGCGCAUUUCUAUACAUAUGUACAUUGGUGAACGCGAAUCCCGGUUUAUCAUUUCGAUUAGCUUACAGGCUUUAAACAUUUUUCAUUCGCCGAAAAACCAUUGAAGAAUUAGCAUCGCCAUCGAGUUAUAAACACGUGCGUCAUACUUCCAUUGAUUUUCUGUAACCAGCAAAAGAAUAAAAAGUGAAAAAUGCCAAAACGCAAGGCGCUAUCUAAUAAUAACAAUGCCGAUGCCGUUGAGGCAAAGCCUCCACAGGCCAAACGAUCGCGCGUACCUUUCCAUUUGGAAUUGCCAAGUCGGCGUCACAUCGUUGGCAAGGUGUUGGUCUGCGGCACCGGUGACACCGGACAAUUGGGCCUCGGCGAGGACAUCAUGGAGCGCAAGCGUUUGACUCCACUAGAAACCAUUGCUCAUCCAGUAGACAUUUGUGCUGGCGGCAUGCACAAUUUAGUGCUUACCAAUUCUGGCGAAAUUUACUCGUUCGGCUGCAACGAUGAGGGCGCAUUGGGACGUGAUACCACCGAGGAGGGCAGUGAAUCUUCACCGGGAUUGAUUGAUUUGCCCGGCAAGGCCUUAAAAAUAUCAGCUGGCGACUCACAUUCAGCUUGUCUGCUGGAAGAUGGACGUGUAUUUGCCUGGGGCUCGUUCCGCGACUCGCAUGGCAACAUGGGCCUUACGAUCGAUGGCAACAAACGAAUGCCGAUUAAUCUCCUGGAGGGCACCAUUUGUGUCAGCAUUGCUUCUGGAGCUGACCAUUUGGUUAUAUUGACCAACAGCGGCAAAGUCUAUACAGUGGGAUGUGCUGAGCAAGGUCAGCUGGGCCGUAUUUCCGAGCGAUCCGUAUCGGGUGAAGGUCGUCGCGGCAAACGUGAUCUUUUGCGUCCUGAUCAAUUGAUCAUCAAACGAUCCAAGCCAAUUGAAGCCAUUUGGGCAACAAAUUAUUGCACAUUUUUGCGUGAAUCCAUUACCAACACAAUUUGGGCUGUGGGCCUCAAUAACUACUGGCAGUUGGCCCACGACAAGGAAGUCGAACGCGUCCUGCUGCCAGUUAAGACAGACCUCAAGCAUAUCCGUCAAAUAUCUGGCGGUCAGCAUCACACUUUGUUGUUGGACGAUGAUUUGCGUUGCUUGGUUGUUGGCCGGCCGGAAUAUGGCCGCUUGGGUCUCGGUGAUGUCAAAGAGGUGGUUAGCAAAUUGACUGAAGUGCCAAAGAUGAAGUCAAAGUUGAUCUAUGUCGGCUGUGGUGAAUGCUGCUCAUAUGCCAUUGCUGAGGAUGGCAAACUUUAUUCAUGGGGCAUGGGCUCUAACAAUCAGCUGGGCGUCGGCGAUGGUGAGGAUGAGCUAGAGCCAGUUUUAGUGCAAAGCAAGGCCACAUCGGAGAAACGUAUCCUAAUGGCUGAUGGUGGCGGGCAGCAUAGUAUAUUCUUGGUUGAAGUUGAUCAGCAAGAGGAGCAAAAGGAAAAUGUUCCAAAGAAGAAAACAGCAGCAGCAAAGAAAAAGGAAACAGCUGCCGCCGCCGCCGCCGAGGCAGAUGAUGUUGUUCCGCCCCAAGAUGUCAAAAAGGAAGACGCAGCAGCUGAAGUAGGGGCCAAGAAGCGUGGUCCUGCCAAACGUGGACCCAAGAAGCUCAAGGCUUAAGUCUAUAUCCAUUUUCUUUGACUACAACAACAUCAGCUACAGCCUAUACCCAUGAAGUCAAAUAAUUCGUUUCAACUUUACGCUUACUUUUCAAUUUUCUCUUUAAAAAAUGUUUAACUCUAGAAAAAAUUUAAAUUAAUAGUUUAGAUAGCAUAACCGUAACCACAGACCGCUCCGCCCAACAACCGAUUUCAAGUUUCGGUUACACUUUAACAAAGAAAACAGAAUUCGGUUGUCAGAUUAUCCGUAUACAUAUAUGUGUGUAUACAUCUAUAAUUUGCCCGAUUUUCUUUUUCUUCAUUUAGUCAGGCGGCCGAGGUUCCAUUUGAAGAGUUGAGGGAAUCUUUAGAAUUAGUUUAUAAAUAGUGUAUAAGAAAAAUACAAAAAAAAAUAGGGUAUCUGCUUCGGUUGUUUGUAUAUACCGAUUUAAGGAAUACCAACUACUAUAUGCUUAUAACACACACACACAAAUCCCCAAGUUAUGUUAUUUGUUUUUGUUUUGUUUUUGAUGAGAAUAAUGAAAUGUCUAAUGAGAUUUAUUUACAAACUAA